GUAGCGUGCCCCAAGAUGGCGUCGCGGUCGUCGUCGUCGGCGGUGGCCGGAGCGCGGGUGGCGGCGGCGGAGCGGCUGGAAGUGAAGGGAGGGAUGAGGCGGGCGAAAGGCGGCAGCGCGUAGCGGGCGGCUCCCGGCCUGCGGGAAGACAGAGCGAGACCGAGAAAGAGACAGUCGCGGGGAGGCGGCCUCCCCCUCCCUCCGUCCCCCGUCCCCCCCCGUCCUUCCCCGCCCGCCCCUCACGGGAGCCCCGGCGGGUCCUGCCCGCCCCCGCGCUCUAGGCCGCGGGCCUCGCCGUCCUCCGGCCCGCGCCCCCCCCCCCCGGCUGCCCCCUCGGAGAGGAGGAUGAUGAAGCUCAAGUCCAACCAGACUCGCACCUACGACGGGGACGGCUACAAGAAGCGGGCGGCCUGCCUGUGCUUCCGCAGCGAGAGCGAGGAGGAGGUGCUGCUGGUUAGCAGUAGUCGUCAUCCUGACCGAUGGAUUGUCCCUGGGGGAGGCAUGGAGCCCGAGGAGGAGCCCAACGUGGCCGCCGUGCGAGAGGUCUGUGAAGAGGCUGGAGUGAAAGGGACGUUAGGAAGAUUAGUGGGAAUUUUUGAGAAUCGAGACAGGAAACACAGGACAUAUGUUUACGUUCUUAUUGUCACAGAAGUGUUGGAAGACUGGGAGGACUCGGUCAAUAUUGGAAGGAAAAGGGAAUGGUUUAAGAUAGAAGAUGCCAUCAAAGUUCUGCAGUAUCACAAACCAGUGCAGGCCUCCUAUUUUGAAACCUUGAGGCAAGGCUGUUUGGCAAACAACGGCACUCCUGUCAUGACCACGACGUUCUCGGAGAGCUCCAUGUCUGACAUCAGAUGACUGAAGACUUCCCUAGGAGAGAGAGUUUGAAAAACAGACUGAAACCUGGAUUUCCCUUCCCCCUCCCCUUUUUCACAUGCCUCCUCUAUCCAGCAAGGCAUGGGCAGCAGCCUGUGGCAGAGCAAGUGUUGAGUGCUGCAAUUUAGUGCAAGGUGGGAUUUUAUUUUCUUUUUGUCAGCUUGGGUUUUUUUUGUUUUCUUUUUGGUUUUUUUUUGGUUGUGUUUUUUUUUGUUGUUGUUUUGCUUCUUUGGAUCUGUAUUUUGUAAAAUACAUUUUGUGCAUGAAGUGCCCCUUUCCCUUGACACCUUUUUUCCAUGGCCUGGCAAGUCAAGGCUGCCACUUUUGCCUCUGCCUUGUGUUCUGAAGUGUCCCCUUUGUGUCAUCCCAGCCAUAGCCACUUUUUUUGUUUGUUUUUUUUUUUUUUUCUUAAUUAAAAAGACUUCAAAUGUGAGAUCAGCUCUUUAAGUCUUAGUCUGUACUGUAAGGUGCUGCUCAGACCUGUGUGAUGGUCACUUUCAGCCCCUAUGUAUGAACUUUAUUUUUUAGAUGGAGAAUCUAACAUUUUAAUUUUGCAGGAAUUUUUUUUUAAUCCUGGUCUGCUUCUGAAAAGAAGGGUUCCUAAUGAAUCUGUUUGCCUUUUGUUCUGUUUUAUUUUUUUAAAAAAACAACAAACAAACACAAAUAACUACACGUUCUGUGGCAGUGCUAGUGGCUGGGCCAGUUUACUCCCUGAUUUAGUGCAGUGACACUUGAAGUUGAGGGCAGAGUUUUGAUCACCUGCAGACAUCCCUGCUGCUCUGUUGCUUCUCCUCCAGCUUCCACCAACCUCUCUGCAUUUCCAUCCAAGUGAAAAGGAGUUGGUCUUUUUAACACUUGGCCAAAAAAGAAGGUAUUUCCUCAGAAAUACUAUGAUAGAAACUGAGUUUCAUUGUCUGUGGUAGGAAUUUGGGAUUCAACGUGGGGUCAAAGUCUGGCAAACUGGAGCGUCGCUCACCACUGCUGUUCUGCUGAUCCUGCUGAUGUCUCUUCUUGUCCACAUGCCUUAUUCUGUGCUGAACUGGAUACUUGUGUCAUUCUUGCUAAAGCUGAGUGUUCCUGCACGACCCCUGGGUUGGAUACCCAUGUGUGUCCCUGGAAAGACGUCCUGGAGGGGGGGGUUGGAAAAAUAUUCGGGUGUUCAAUCUCUUGUCCUGUGGUUCUGCAGCACUUACAGUUGCACCAUGGAGCAUGCUCAAAAUGUUGGAAACUCUCCCUCUGGGAAAGGUACAGCUGAUUCCUGAGCAGAAUUGCUAGCUGGAGAAGUGCACCACUGAACAGGAUAGUUCCCCUGAUGCAUUGGCACACUUCACAUGAUUUCUUUCUGUUUGUUUGUUGUUUUUAUCGAUGUAAGUUUCAUGCUGUCUUGAUUUGCCAACAGUGUUGUCUAGUUGGGAAAUAAAGUGGGAAGGGUUGGGGCUGGGGGGAGGUGGGUUGGGACAGGUACAAGUUUUGGGAGGGGCAUUAAUUAAUCCCUGGCUUGGGACAAGAAGAAGUUGCUGAAGAAUUCAGUGACUUCUCCUUUGUCAGAGCAUAGCCAAGAUGUGAAAUUAAAUCUGCAGUACUCUUGUUGUUUUUUUUUUCCUCCUCUUUAUUUAACGAAAAAUAUUCUAAUAAACACUCACUGUUCCAGUGUUUUCUCUCUUCCCAAGAAGCCCUUACAGCAGGAAUAUCUGCUCAAAAAAUAUCCAUGGAGCCUGGGAGGAGGGGGAUUGGUAUCCUUGCUACUUUGGCAAGAAGCUGGUGAUUUGCAGAUCCUGUUCUGUUCCUUCCCUUGUCUUGCUUUCAUCAGGCUGGAGCAGCCAGGCCAAAAGCAGUGCCAGUGGUCACCACCAUGAAAAACCAGGCAUAAGGAAAAGCCCAGAGGGGAUUAUUCAAGGAGUAGCUUGUAACUGAGCACCUGGAAUUGAGCCUAAAUUACACCAGUUCAGUUCACUUCGACUUAAGAGACGAAUGUACAAUUACUUUCUCACUCUGUGCUGAUCGGCCUGAACCAAACUCUCUAAAGGGCUUGAAGAAGUUCAGUUUGCUGUUACAGAGCCCCCAGUGGCACCAACACAGCCAUCUACUGCCUUCAAUUCAGCUUUUUGGGUUUGUUUUUGUUUUUUUUUUUUGGUCUUUACUGUACAGAUUAGUAUGUUGAAAAUGCUUUGCAACAAAACAGCUGGUACUCCUGAAAGAGUAACUGCAGUUUUAAUAUCAACAGCAUGCACACUUUUGUUUUUCAACUAAAAAUGUUUUUACAGGGCUGUUAAACUGACAAUUUAGGGUAGAAUAUUGUUAAUGACUUGCUAAUGGCUUAUUUGUUUGGGUCAGAAAAAAAAAUAAAUUGUGCCAAGAAAGUG